UCAGACUAAGAGAGAAGCGAUGGGAAUCUGUCUCUGCGGUGCGGCUUUUCGGUUACACCGUGGUGAGCUCGGAUUCACCGAUGGACGCGGAUGAUAAUGGAGUUCCUUCCCUGCUGGCCGGAUCGGUGAAUCUCCUCCGACUCUUCGGUACCGACUGGGGGAACGAUACCUAUUUCGUCCUCACUCACAAGCCCGGGAGGUCCGGCGAAGUCUGUGAGUUCCCGGUCACGGAAAAGCAACAGAUCGACCAAGAAAGCCUUGUGGAAGGUAUGAACACCGCCCUGCUGAAAUUGGAACUGUCCGAGAAGCUGGACACCGACAUUCCUUACUAUUUCUGCGCUCGUAACGAGAUGCAGAACAAGUCGGACCCGAGCACGAAAGACCCCUGGGCCCACAUGGGAUCCGAGACCUACCUGACCCUUAAAGUGUACAAGAAGUUCGUGCCGGUGUGGUUCGCCGUCAUCGUGAUGACAGUCUGCCUCUUCUUCUCCUCCCUCUUCUCCGGCCUCAACUUGGGCCUCAUGUCUCUCGACAGGACGGACCUCAAGAUCAUCUGCAACACCGGCACGGCCAAGGAGAGGCAGUACGCCAAGACGAUCCUCCCAGUCCGUGCCCACGGUAACUACCUCCUGUGCAGUAUCCUCUUAGGGAACGUAAUGGUCAACUCCACCUUCACCAUCAUCAUGGACGACCUCACUUCCGGCCUCAUAGCCGUUGUAGGUUCCACCCUAGCCAUCGUCAUCUUCGGUGAGAUCACCCCGCAGGCUAUCUGUUCCCGCCACGGCCUUGCCAUCGGGGCCAACACUAUCAUGAUCACCAAGUUCGUCAUGGUCUUCACCUGGCCUCUCGCCUAUCCCAUCUCCAAGUGUCUUGACUGGUGCCUUGGUGAGGAAAUCGGCGCUGUCUAUACAAGGGAACGACUCAAAGAACUGGUGAAGCUAACAACAGAAUUCAAUGACUUACAAAAAGACGAAGUGAAUAUAAUUUCUGGUGCUCUGGAACUUAGUCAGAAAAUUGUCCGUGAUGUGAUGACCAAAAUAGAAGAUGUUUUCAUGCUUUCGAUUGAUGCGGUACUUGACUUUGAAACUGUUUCUGAAAUCAUGAAGUCAGGCUUCUCUAGAAUACCAGUAUAUGAAGGAACUCGUUCCAAUGUUGUUUCAAUGCUUUAUAUCAAAGAUCUAGCUCUUGUCGAUCCUGAUGAUAAUACUCCUUUGAAAACUGUCUGCCAGUUCUAUCAAAAUACUUGCUAUUUUGUUUUUGAAGAUACUACGCUAGACAUACUUUUCAAGCAAUUUAAAGAAGGUAUAAAGGGUCAUAUGGCUUUCGUACAAAGAGUGAAUUCAGAAGGCGAGGGUGAUCCCUUUUAUGAAACCGUUGGUCUUAUAACACUGGAAGAUGUUAUAGAAGAAUUGAUCCAAGCAGAAAUCAAUGAUGAAACAGAUGUUUACACUGACAAUAAGUCUAAAAGAAGGCGGAAAGAUAGGAAAAUGAAGACAGAUUUUACAGUGUUUGCGGAGAAGAGUGAAAAUCAGCGCAUCCAUAUCUCUCCCCAGCUUAUGCUGGCUACUUAUCAGUUUUUAUCUACUUCUGUAGAUGCCUUCAAACCUGAGAACAUAACAGAGACUGUACUGCGCAGAUUGUUGAGGCAAGACAUAUUUUACCAGAUAAAGAUCAAGAAGAAGGAAGUUAGACCAGAGGCUUAUACUGUUAUCUAUGAACAGGGUAAACCGGUGGAUUUCUUCGUCUUGAUACUGGAGGGUAGAGUAGAAGUGACAGUCGGCAGAGAAAACCUCGUCUUUGAAAGUGGUCCAUUUACCCACUUUGGAACUCAAGCGCUCAUGCAAAACAUGGGAGUUGCUGAAUCACCAAGUGCAGGAGGUCAGCAAGGACUUGGUUCUCUCCAGAGUGUCAACUUGGAUUCAAAAAUACGUAGUACAUUUGUCCCAGAUUAUGGUGUAAGAGCGGUGACUGAGGUGUUCUAUCUUAAAGUAAAAAGAUCUUUAUAUCUUGCGGCCAAGAGAGCUAGUUUGAUGGAGUUGUCUCGCAAGGAGGAAUCUAAUGCUGGUGAUGCAUUUGAUGAGGAAGUUGAAAAGCUGAUGAAUACAUUUGGAACAGAUGAUAACCGUAGCCAAGGUUCACCAGAAAUAACUAGGACUUCUUCUCAGAGAUCGCCUGAGCGUAAUUUUGAUUGGGCGAAAUAUAGGAAAAAUCGGAGGUCAUCAAGUAUCGUAAUGGUUCGAAAACUAAAUGGGAGUACCCGUGAACUCUUCAUCUAAGCAAGUGUCACGGAGAGGAAGCCCCCAGGGUUUGUCCAAUGGACCUGUUCCUUUGGCAUCAAGUGAACAGUUUUUGAUUGUGACAACACCACCUCCUAACGACUUACAAUCCGAUGAGACGUCUCAGCUCCUUCAGAAAAACACAUAACAUUUAACCUCUCUGCCUUCAUUUCUAUAAAGUCUUUUACCUCUAUAAAUUUUAGAGGAAUUUAAGUACUCUGGGUCAACAUUUUUAAUGCUGUUAUGAUGAAUUCUUAUUACUAUAAUUUUUUUUUAUCAAGUAACUUGGUUGAAAUAAUGUACUUGGUUUUUGGUUGUAAAAAGAAGUUUUGAUUUUUAAAUUGUUAUUUGAAGUUACCUUUAAGUGAUAAUUGUAAACUUAAAUUGACAUUUUAGUGAAGAAAAUUUAUUUAUUUUUUGGUGUUAUUAAAAUAAGAGUCAUUACUUAUAAUGUAGCCUAUGUUUUUUUGUUGUUUUUUUUACAAACAGAAACCGUAGAGUUGAUUCAGCUGCCAAAACAAUUCCAAACAGUCCAUUGAUAUAGCUUCCUAAUUGCAUUGUACCUGAUGCUUAUUCUACUUAUCAGGUCUGUGUUUCAAGACCAAAUUAAAAUUAUAAAACGUUUUCAGAUUCUAGUUAUAAUUUUUUAGUAUAUAUUAAAAAAGUAUACAAAAAAAAGGUGUAAUAAUUAAAGAUUAGAUAUAAUGAAAAAGGAAUUGAAGCUGAGUUUUACUUAAGCUUUUUGUAGUUGUGAAAAGUUCUUUUUCCUAUAAUCCAGAUCAAUUUGAAGAAUUUUCUUUAUUUUAGUAUUAUUUAGAUACUUAUAUAAUGAUAUAUAGGAAUACUAGUUAAGAAGGUGGGCGCAAGCAUGUUGCAAUAUAUAUAUAAAUGUAUAUUUCAUUAUAUCUUAAUAUUUGUAAAUGUUGAUAAAUAUUUAAAUAGGCUUAGUUAUUUCCUGUUAAGUUUUUAAAUCACAAUUUUAUAUCAAGUACUCAUAUCCUGUACAAGUACUUACUUUAGUACUUAAAUUAGUUGUGAUUAUUAGUUUAAAAGUCUUUGCCAUUCUGGUGCCUAUUUACUGCUUAAUUUAAAGAGGAAGUAAAAUUAAAUGCUUACUUAGUCUGUAUUGUUAUGUAUGAUAUUCAUAUGUUGUAAGAAAUAUACGCUGAGCGUAUCAUGCAUGGAACAGGAAAAAAAAAAAAAAAGAAAUAUGGAAAACAAAGCUCAAUUUUUACAUUUUGAAAGCUUACACCAUUUCGACAGUAAAUGAGGCAUUGUCUUGUACUAGGCAUACUGUAGGAUGUUGAUAAACUAAACUGAUUUUCAAAUAAGGUAUAGAAAUAAAAAUGUGGAAAGAGGUUACAGUGCUGUGCCAUCUUGAUCAAAAUAAUAUCAAUUUAAAAAGAUGAAUUUUUAAAGUUAAUUAUUUAUUAUAGUCUACAAAUAAAGUUGUAGAAACUAAAAAAAUAAAGUAUUCAUUGAUAUAUUAAUAUCCUUAAUACUGAGUACUAUAGUGAUUGAUAAAUCAGAUUUGUCUUAUCAUAUAACUGAAAUAAAUAUAAAAGUUGAAAAAAAAAUUCAAUUUUUAGAUUGAUAUCUUUAAUAGGAAAUCGCCAUAUGGAGGUUUUCAAAAUAUGCGAAAAUUAAGUAGCAUGUAAUACAUAAUUAUUAUAUAAUAUUGCUUUAUUACUUUUUUUAAAAUUGUUAGGGUUGUCCACGUCCUACUGUAUAUCUUAAUUAGAUUUUAGCAAAUCUCAUCAAUACGAAUCAAUCCUUUAACAUAAAGCUUUCAUAGCUUUUUCAGAAGUUUUAGCAGUAUUAAUUGGUUAAUAUAUGUAUAUAUUUAAUUAUUAAUGUAUUUUUUUGUUAUAUAUAAUUUUGUUACAAAUAAUGAACUAUGGGAUUUGCUAAUUGAUAUAUCUUUUAUUAAUUUUUUUAAAAAUUAAAUUAUAUUGUGGGUUGCUUUUAACUGUUAAUUUUUAAGUGGAUAUCAACUUUGAAUUAAUUUGAUCUUUUAAACAAUUAUCUGCCAAUAAAUCUUUAAAUCGAAAAUAUAAUUUUUAGUAGAGAAGUCCGAAUGGUAAUCCAUUGUUUUAGAGUUGAAUUUUAAAUUUAAAAUUGAACAAAAAAACUUUAUUUUUAUUUUUGUUAGUAUCUAGAAACGAGAUAAUGAGUAGGUAUACAUUGUAAUUAAGGCCUCGUGCCUACAUUUCAACCAAGUGAAAAACCAAUGUGAUCAUAUUGGCCUUAAAGGUAUUGUAUUAUAAAUAAAUUGUAUUAUAUAAUAAAUUUAAUGUUUUUAUAGAUAGCGCAGUGGUACGGUUAAUUAAUUCGUAAGUUAAAUAUGAAUACAAUUUUUCAUCAAUGUUCUUUUUUCAAUUUUUGUAUUAACUUAUAUUUUAUAGUGUACAUACUUUCUGGCCAGUAAUCUGUUCUAAAAAAAUAUAUAUUGUUAAGUUAGUUAAUCCUUAUUCCUGUUGUUAGGCUAGUAAUUUUCUGUUUAUUUUUUUUUUUUAUGUUAAUGCAAUAUGUAAGAAAAUCUGUAAAAUAGAACAUCUCAAACUCAUGCUGUAAAACACAGUUCAAUGAAAUAAAGUGAACAUUACAAGGAUUGUAUU